UUAUAAGUGGAUUCUCCACAGUUUUCCUGGUGCGGACUCAUGGUGGAAACCGCCAUGCAUUGAAGCGAAUGUAUGUCAAUAACUUGCCUGACCUCAACAUUUGUAAAAGGGAAAUUAAAAUUAUGAAAGAGCUAUCUGGUCACAAAAAUAUUGUGGGUUAUUUGGAUUGUGCCAUUAAUUCAAUUAGCGAUAAUGUAUGGGAAGUACUUAUCUUAAUGGAAUAUUGUCGAGCUGGGCAGGUAGUGAAUCAGAUGAAUAAGAAGCUACAGACAGGUUUUACGGAACCAGAAGUGUUACAGAUAUUCUGUGAUACCUGUGAAGCUGUCGCAAGGUUGCAUCAGUGUAAGACUCCAAUAAUUCACCGGGAUCUGAAGGUAGAAAAUAUUUUGUUGAAUGAUGGUGGAAACUAUGUACUUUGUGACUUUGGCAGUGCCACUAAUAAAUUUCUUAAUCCUCAAAAAGAUGGAGUGAAUAUAGUAGAAGAAGAAAUUAAAAAGUAUACAACUCUGUCAUACAGAGCCCCUGAAAUGAUCAACCUUUAUGGAGGGAAACCCAUCACCACCAAGGCUGAUAUCUGGGCACUGGGAUGUUUACUGUAUAAACUUUGUUUCUUCACUCUUCCUUUUGGUGAGAGUCAAGUUGCUAUCUGUGAUAGCAGCUUCACCAUCCCAGACAAUUCACGUUACUCCCAUAACAUCCAUUGCUUAAUAAGAUUCAUGCUUGAACCAGAUCCAGAGCGUAGACCUGAUAUAUUUCAAGUGUCCUAUUUUGCAUUUAAAUUUGCCAAAAAGGACUGUCCCAUCUCCAAUAUCAAUAAUUCUUCUAUUCCUUCAGCUCUUCCUGAACCCAUGACUGCUAGUGAAGCAGCUUCUAGGAAAAGCCAAAUAAAAGCGAGAAUAACAGACUCCAUUGGACCAACAGAAACCUCAAUUGCACCAAGACAAAGACCAAAGGCCAACUCUACUACUGCCACCCCCAGUGUGCUGACCAUUCAGAGUUCAGCAACACCUGUUAAAGUCCCUUUGCUUGGGGAAUUCAGUAACCACAGAUCAAAAGCAGCACUGAGACCUGGAGUCAGCCCUGAGAUUUUACUGGGUCAGGGGCCUCCUCAGCAGCCUCCGCAGCAAAACAGAGUCCUUCAGCAACUGCAGCAGGGAGACUGGAGAUUGCAGCAACUUCAUUUACAGCCUCGCCAUCCUCAGCAGCAGCAGCAGGAUGCUUAUAUGCAGCAGUAUCAACAUGCAAUGCAGCAGCAACAGAUACUGCAGCAACAGUUCUUAAUGCACUCAGUAUAUCAGCCACAGCCUUCUGCACCACAGUAUCCUGCAAUGGUGCAGCGGUAUCAGCAGGCUUUCUUGCAGCAGCAAAUGCUAGCUCAGCAUCAGCAGUCUCAACAACAGGCGUCACCUGAGUAUCUUACCUCCCCUCAAGAGUUCUCACCGGCCUUAGUUUCCUAUACUUCAUCUCUUCCAGCUCAGGUUGGAACCAUAAUGGACUCCUCUUAUAGUGCCAAUAGGUCAGUUGCUGAAAAAGAGGCAGUUGCAAAUAUUACAAAUCAGAAGAACUUCAGUAACCCACCUGAUAUGUCAGGGUGGAAUCCUUUUGGAGAGGAUAAUUUCUCCAAGUUAACAGAAGAAGAACUGUUGGACAGAGAAUUUGACCUUCUAAGAUCAAAUAGGCUCGAGGAGAGAGCAUCCUCAGAUAAGAAUGUAGAACCACUUUCUGCUCCACAUAACCAUCCUCCAGAAGAUCCUUUUGGUUCUGUUCCUUUCAUUUCUCACUCAGGUUCUCCUGAAAAGAAAAUCGAACAUUCAUCCACGAAUCAAGAAACUAGCCCUGCAAGCCCUAUGAAGAGUAGAAAGACAAGUCUAGUGUCAAAAGACCACCGGGCUGGGAAGAAAACCUCAGAGAAUUCAUCCGUACAGGGUCAGGUGCAGAAGGGAAAUGACGAAUCUGAAAGCGAUUUUGAAUCGGAUCCCCCUUCUCCUAAGAGCAGUGAAGAGGAAGAGCAAGAGGAUGAAGAAGUUCUUCAGGGAGGACAAGAUUUCAACGAUGAUGAUACUGAACCGGAAAAUCUGGGUCAUAGGCCUCUCCUCAUGGACUCUGAGGAUGAGGAAGAGGAAGAGAAACACAGCUCUGAUUCUGAUGAUGAACAGGCCAAAGUCAAGUACAGUGCUGGGAGCCCUGCCUACAGAGACAAACCCGGCAGUGGACCAAUCCAAGAUCGGAAUGCAGCACUCCUCAGCUCACCCCAAGUGCCCUCUAUUGCAGGAGUGGAGACUCCCAAACAGGAGUUUGAUGUGUUUGGCGCUGUCCCCUUCUUUGCAGUGCGUGCUCAACAGCCCCCACAAGGAGAGAAUGAGAAGAGCCUCCCUCAGCAGCCCUAUUUUCCUCCUGUGGGACUGGAGCACGAGGAAUUUGACGUCUUCACGAAGGCCCCCUUUAGCAAGAAGGUGAACGUCCAAGACGGUCAUGCAGCAGGGCCCGAAGCACGGACUCUCCCUGGUUGUCCCAAAAGUGUGGAUAUAUUUGGCUCUACUCCGUUUCAGCCCUUUCCCACGUCCACAGGCAAAAGUGACAGCCACGAGGACCUUUUUGGCCUCGUGCCCUUUGAGGAAAUAACUGGGAGUCAGCAGCAAAAAGUCAAACAGCGUAGCUUACAGAAACUAUCUUCUCGCCAAAGGCGCACAAAGCAGGAUUUGUCCAAAAGUAACGGGAAGCGGCACCACGGCACGCCGACCAGCACGAAGAAGACAGUGAAGCCUACCUACCGCACUCCAGAGAGGGCCCGCAGGCACAAAAAGGUGGGCCGCCGCGACUCUCAGAGCAGCAACGAGUUCCUAACCAUCUCAGACUCCAAGGAGAACAUUAGCGUUGCGCUGACUGAUGGGAAGGACAGGGGGAAUGUCCUGCCUCCCGAGGAGAGUCUGUUGGACCCAUUUGGGGCCAAGCCCUUCCAUCCCCCAGAUGUGCCAUGGCACCCUUCCCACCAGGGCCUGGGCGACAUCCGUGCUGACCACAACCCUGUGCUGCCCGGGUGGCCAAGACCCAACUCACUCCAUGGGUCCUUUCAUAGUGCAGAUGCAUUGAAAAUGGAUGACUUUGGUGCCGUGCCCUUUACAGAACUUGUGGUGCAGAGCGUCACUUCACCUCAGGCCCAACAGCCCCAGUCCAUCGAAUUAGACCCAUUUGGUGCUGCUCCAUUUCCUUCUAAACAGUAGAGACUUCUGAUGGACUCUUGGUGUUUCAAAAAAGGAUGAAUAGUUUUAUGAAUUUGAGAGAAAAUUGAUUUGUAUAGCUUUUUUUUUUUUAAAUUAAGGUCGGGAGCUGUUUGCACCUAAGGCAACCAAGAACUGCUUAAUUACAUCAAUGGUGGUUUGAGGCUCAGAAGAUUCCAUUGCUGUGCUAAUGUCUUGAUCAGUUAUGCGGUAGGCAACUUUUAUUCCUUCAGCAUCUUUGUUAUCAAGAAUUCGUUUCUUUAUUGGUGUAGACAAUGCAGCAUCCAUCUCGUACUCAGGUAAAUGUGAGAGCUGUUCCUUAUUGGAUUCAUAGUCUGAAAGUAGGGUCAGCUUUCCUCUUGCGAGUGUUUGCAACCUUGCACAGAUUCGGAAAACAUUCUGGUGCAAGUGGUUCAAGACCUUCAAGCCUAAGAGCCUUCAAGUAAGGAAACAUGGCAGGACCAUAUUUCUCGAGCAGUUUAUCCUUGACAUCCAUAAAUUUCUUUAUCUCAUGACCAACUCCCAGUAGGAAGCUUGCGUGAGACAUGCCUUCAUGGACAAAGGACUUAAUAGUGAUGUAGGGAGUCAUUUCAAAUGAUGCAACUAAUUUUACUUGGGCUACAAAUGCACGUUCCCCUAGGUCCAACUCUCGCAUGUUCUUGGAUGUCUAGUAAGCCCCGUAGCAGGCUUACAUCUCAUCCUCUGCUGGAGAGCGAUGAGGCUGCCUCUCUAAAGUCCAAUGAGGUGUACAGGCUGAUAAUGUGUGGUGUAACUCCGGGCCGGACUGUAGCAAACAGCAUUAACCUCCUUUUGAUUUACUCAACAGGAUUUUGCUGAGGCUUUCUUACUAAAUGGUACAUUAAAGACAAUGCCGCUUUAAUGUUCUUGUACUUCCCUUCACCAGUCACCUCAGUGUUGUCAACUAUCCAUGGGGCUAGGUUACCAUCUUGGCUUGGAAGACCUCUUGUUCCCAUGAUGUACUCACGAAUCUGGGGAACUGCAUCAUGCAACUGGGGAAAGGUUGCUAGAAGUAGUGCCAGCAAGGCUACCGUGACACCACAUAGAACCCGCUGAAUAACCCGCACUGGACUUGCUAGUACGGUCACAGCUGACAGGAUGACCAGUCUAGAAGGGGGAAUAGCCAGAAGCUGAAGGCUACCACCGGGCAUUUCCAUAGAAUCCGCCAUUGUGUACUUGUAUAGCUCUUUAUAUCAUUCAUUCUUACAAUUCACUCAGAAGAGGUGAUUUUUAAAUAAACCAAAUCGCAAAAGGAAGUAUCUCCACAGGGUAGUGACUUGGUGUCUCUUCCAGGCGGGAAGAGGGAGCUGCUUUGGAAGCUCUGGCCCAGGGUUCCAGCUACUGACUUGGCGACAGCACUGAAAUCCAGGGGAUGCAUGUGGCCUGGCUCCAGAUGUGCGGGAGAACCGCGCUGUUAUUUUUGUACCAGAAUGUCAUGUUUGUGUGCCCAUCCAGGCUCAUUCCAGAACCCAGCAUUAAAGCCAAGGCUGUCUGUACACACACAGGCUGCACUUGUGGAUUUUUUAAGGGUCCCUUCUAAUUUCCAACAGUAAAACAGAAUCCUGUCUUCACAAAGAAUCAGAAGUUUAUUUUCUGGGGAAUGCAGAGAUUUUAAUCCUUCUACCAUUCUCUACAAAGCAGAGCCAGAAAUAACUAUUGUGCCUAAAACUUUCAUUUUUAAAAACAAGUGCCAUUAAUAUGGAAUAUCUACGUUGAAGCCUAGAACAAAAACUUGAUACCUGAUGUGUGCAAAAUGUAAAAGAAAAAAUGAUAUAGAAGAGAGAAAAAACAGUACUUGAACAUUUAAUGUUCCGCUUUUGAAUGGCUUCUUGCUCAAAACUUUUGUUUUCACGUCCCUAAUAAAGGAGAUUAUUGGAAAAUGGUGUGAGGAGACAAGGAUUAUAUAGACUUUUUAUUUCAGCAAAAAAAGCUGUAGCUGAAACCCUGAGUUUUUAAAACGUUUACAAUGUAAAAUCAUGUAUAUAAUAACGUACUUUAUUAAAUUACCACCAAAUAUUCCCCAGGUCAAGAGCGACAGUUUCUUUCGUUAGGUUUGGGGCGGGGGGGGGGGGGGUUGUAAUGAAGUGCACCGAACAGUGAGAGCCCCAAGCCUUAUGGGCAGGACUCGGAUCCUGCUGCGAACCUCUGCCCUCUGCGGGGUUGACCAUCUUACACUGGCUACAUAGUAGUAAAAGGUAUCAGGUGAUGAGGAACUGGUGUCUUAACUCUGCUAGUUGAUUGUGUCUUUAAUGAAAAGAACUCAGCUACCAAAUUGCCUUUUUUUUUUUUUACACCAUAAAUCCUAAUUAGAAACUUGAGAUUUUAUAGGAACUAGUAAGAUAGAAAUUAAAUAUAUGAAUUAAUGUGUCUUCAAGUAUUUUAAAUUAUAAUUAACUGUCUCCUUCCCUAUCAAAUUAACAUGUAGAAGUUUCUGUGAAAGCUAUUCACAGAAGGGGUGGAAACUUGUCAACUGGCACUCUCCUUGAUUGCUAUAUUUUAAAUUCUCUUUGAACCCAGUUAAAGUAUAUUUUAUGAGUAAUCUUAUUAGAAUCUCUUAAUGAUAGUGUCCCAGUUGGGAUGAGCUAUUUGCUUGUUUUCACAGUUCUAAACUCGGGAAGCAGCAGAGUAUAUGUAACUAGACCAUAUAUUCAUUUUUAUUGCCUCUUUUUUUUUUUUUAAACAGAAGCAAAUUUGUGGACUGAUAGGGAAGCAAUAUGUGAAUCACAGUUAGCAGAGGCAGAUCAAGCAUCACAUUACUGCUUAAGAGCUGCACUUUGGAGCCCGACUGUACCAAUACUUGUCCUGUGUGUGCCAAAGGCAAAUAUGUUUGCACCUUUUUUUCUUUCUGAUUCUCAGGUUGAGUAAUACUGCUAAUCCAAAUGUUUAAGUAGAUGUUCUUUAAAACUUUACAAAGUAGAUUCACGGGAUACUUUAUUUUAAAAGUGAGGAGUUGAUGAUUACAUAUAAUAAAUUCAUGAACUACCGUAGGUUUGUAUCAAACAGAAGAAAUUCUUAAAAAUGAAAAUCUGUUGGUUGAUGUGUACCCAGUGUGCUUCUUUGACUGUUAUUGUCCUUGGCCUUGGUCUCUGCUAGACCUCAGGAGUUCUGUGAUUUAGAAGGGGCAGUGGAUGAAUUAGUGUGGUCUCCAUGGGAUAUAAACAUGAAAUUCUAGUCUCUCUCUGAUACUAAGGCCUUGCUUACAUUUGCUUUUCAUGAAGCCCAACUGAGGUGGCGCAGUGGUUGAGUGUUGAUCUAUGAACCAGGAGGUCAUGGUUUGAUUCCCGGGCAGGGCACGUGCCCAGGAUUGUGUAUCAAUACAAUGAAUAUUUUUAAGUGACUUAGACUGUGGGUUAUAAUGUGGAUGAAUUCUAAAGAAACAACUUUGACAUUGUUUAAAAUACUUACAUUUUUAAGUUUCUUAUGUUACAGCCCAGUGACUUUCCUCUACAGAUUAUAGUUCAGAAGAAACACUUAGGGAUUCAAUGGGGGACCCAGUGGGCUAGAAAUGGGGAGUCCUUUGUUGGAGGAGUAGAGGCAUUUUCCCCAGCAGUACAGGAUGAGGCUUGCUUUCCAUUUUCAGUCAUCUCCUCCCACUGCUGUUAGGAUGUACAUACAGCUCCGUACAGCUGAUACCCAGCUCAUUCCCUUGUGAGAAUUAUGAAAAUAAAGCUCCCAAAGCAUGUGAAAAAGUUUGACACACACUUGGCACACAGCACGCAGUGAAAGUUCGGCUCUAUUAUGGGUGGUCCAGUUCUUGUUUAGGGAAGGAAAGUUGAAAUUAUAUUCUUAUUAAUCAGGUGUGCGUUGUGCUGUAGCAUGUUAAAUAGUUAUAACUCUAAACCUGUAAUACUUGAACAAACAUCACUAAGGGAAGUAAAAUAUGAAGCUAGCAAAAAUCUGAGGCCAAAGUUAUUUCUGCCCUAACAGCUUUAAUCAUGCUUGUUGAUUUUGAAUAAUCUUUCUAAAAGUGGACCAUUUGCUUCAUUAUUUUAAUAGUAUCACUUCAAAGAAUGUAUCUAUUAAGACGCUAACGUUGCUUGGUAUAAAUGUUGGGUGGAAGAGGAAAGGUUGUAGGCUAGAUGAAAGUUUAACUGACUAGAAUAUUUAUGCAAAAGGAUCAGUCUGGGAAAUGGUGUAAUUGUUCCACUGACCCACCCGUGUGUGUGUGUGUGUGUGUGUGUGUGUGUGUGUGUGUGCGUGUGUGUGUGUGUAUUUGGGCACAGUUACAACAUUAUUCGGGACUGUAGAUAAAUGUUCCCUUUGACCCUACCCUGCUUAUUGUUUAACAGUGAUGAGUCCCGUCCUCAUCUUGCUGGUGGAAAAUACCAAGGUGAGCCCCCUCUUCUGCUCUGAUAGUCACCAGGCAGGGCAGUUUUCACUACUCAGCUGCUCUGCUUGGUCCUCUUAGGUUUGGUACUUCAUAUAAGGACGGCUAGAAGGUACAUGUGUAUUGGUAUCACUAGUCCUGAGGAGUUUGGGUACAUUCGUUUUCAUAUAUAUAGAAUGUGCAGUACACCUUUUUUUUCUUUUCUUUUUAAGCAAAAUUACUCAUCAUUUUAGGUUCAAUCUUGAGCUGAGAGAUCUACUGUGAGAAUGAGCUGGCAUACUUACUGUGAGAAUAACAUAAAUGAUAGUUUAUUUGAAAACUUUAUACACACUGGUGUUUAUAUAUUAAGAGAAAUAUGUAAACACACAUGCACAUGUCUCUUCAGCAGAGUUAAUGUGAAUUUAUCAAUUUUAAAUGGAAUUGCAACCACAAUCAUUACUAAAAGAACUUUCACUCCUAGUGAGGGUUUACAAAAGCCACUAAAAGAAUAUGGUAGACAGAGGAAAAUGCAAUGGGU